UUCACACGUAAAGAGGCAGGCCAGGUCGUGGGCGCGUCUAUUUAAGCGACCUGAGAUUUGCCUCGAAAGCCCCGACUCGCGCGCUCGCAGAAGGGAGGAGCUGCGGAGGAAGGGCCCCCGGUUCGGUUGAGGGAGGGAAUUAUAUUCCAACCAAGGAGCGUAUCCCCAAAGAUUCUUAGUAAGGGGUCACAUAGAAGCAACGGAAACCCCCAUGACGGCGCUUUCUUCACCCUCCUCCUCCUCCUCCUCCACCACGCCUGUACCAUCCCCCCUUCCCGCACCCCCUCGUCCCUCUUCCUCCCACCCCACGAGUCCUGAGGACGGGAGCGACAGGGAGGACAGGGGCACUCGCCGUCGGAAGCGCUCCUCCUCCGCUUCUUCCUCCACGUCCCUCUCAUUGGCACCCGCAGCAGCG